GGGGAGGAGGUUUCUUGUAAGUGCCAGCUACCACUCUUCUCUUUCUCUCUCACACACUCACAUUCACUCUGUCUCUCUCCCUCUCUCUUUUUGCCUCUCUUCCCUCUCGACUCUCUUCCUCUCUACGGCAGCCCCAUCAAGUGUCUUCGCCCAAACAACACAGGUGUGUGGACGCGGUCCGCAGCAUGUCCGCUAACGGGCCGCAGAUACCGAGCCUGGCGGGCCUGGUGGCCGGGGUGGUGCCGCCUCUCACGCCCGCCGCCCACAAAGGCCAAGCAGGUCGAAUUGGCAUCAUGGGUGGCUCGCUUGAGUACACGGGGGCGCCCUUCUACUGUGCCAUGACGGCGCUACGUAUGGGCGCCGACUUGGCACACGUGUUCUGUCACCGCGACGCAGCCAUUCCUCUCAAGACGUACUCGCCUGAGCUGAUUGUACACCCGCUGCUUGACGCCGCCGAUCCCCUCACUGAACUGGAGGAGUGGCUGCCUCGCCUGCACGCCCUGGUGCUGGGCCCAGGCCUCGGCCGCCGCCCGCAGACCUUCGCCACGCUGGGCCACGUGCUGGAGGCCGCCAAGGACCGCCAACUGUUGUUGGUGCUGGAUGCCGACGCACUCUUCUACCUGAAUGAGAACUAUGACACAAUCCAAGGCUACUCCAACGCUCUGCUCACGCCCAACAAGGUGGAGUUUGCGAGACUGUACCGCGCCGUGAUGAAGGCUGACAUGCGUGCCGAGGGCGUCACGGCGGAGCACGUGCAGCAGGUGGCGACGCGGCUGGGCGUCACCAUCGCCUGCAAGGGAGCCGUAGAUAUCAUUGCCAGUGGGGACGGCGUGAUGCGCUGCGAGGUGGGGGGCUCCCCACGACGCUGCGGCGGCCAGGGCGACGUGCUGAGCGGCGCCGCGGCCAUCCUUCUGUACUGGGCGUAUGGCACCGCGGCCGCCACGCAGGAGCAGCCCAUCUACCCGCCCACGGUGCUGGCAGGCUGGGGCGCGUGUGCCCUCACCCGCCGCGCAGCCAGCCUUGCCUUCAGCCAGCGGGGACGCGGCACUCUCACCACAGACAUGCUGCCCUGCAUCCCCCAGGCCUUCAACUCACUCUUCGAGGGCAAGACCAAGUGAUGCAAUUCCACGCCCCACAAUAGCCCCCGACCCAGCUUCCGCUGGGACAGGAGGCACUCCCUUCCCUUCCUCCAGGGUACAGCGGACCCUGUCUCACUCUGGGUUAGUGACCACGGCUGCGGCGCACGUUGCCUUCAGCCACUGAGUAAGGUAAGGCAGUGGCAGUAAUGCAAUACAUUUUCUGUGUUCUCUGGACUGUUGUCUUUCCCUCAUACACAUCACGAGUCUGCGUCACCAAUGUGCUCCCACGCUGGUGCUACCGCGCUGGCUGGCGCUGCUCAUGUUAGUAUGUUAUGUUCCUGCCCUCUGGUCAUAAUGUGUGGUAAUUCCCUGACACCUUGUUUGUCUGUUUUAUUUUUUAUUGUGGGUAAAACUUCCAUUGCGCCUCGGCCAUUUUGGGAUGAAUGUUAAGUGAUCACACACACACACACACACACACAGACACACACACAAAAUUUAUCCCAGUCCUCCAUAAACAAAGAUAAUAAUAAGCAUAUUUAUUUAUCAAUAUAAAGGAGUACAUACAUCUUGUUCAGCACCUACAUACGUCAUAUAUCAGGAAAAAUAGCUAUUGUAUAAAUAUUUUACAUACAGUACGUAUUUGCAGGUCUUGAAAUGUAUAGUUGUCAAGAAUUGUCAAAUGUAUACCAAGGAGAACAUCUUUUUCUCAUAAAUUUGUAUUAUUUUGUGCAUCACCAUCUUUCUGUACAGCCGUCUGACCACCACCUGUGUAGCCUCAAACAGUGACGGUGUGUAUGGUGGUGACAGGAAGGGUGAGGGUGUGACACCACCAAACUGUGACCACUGCCCGCUAAGUAACCACUCUCAAUAAAGGGCUUAGUGAUAGCACACAGUCUGGCUAAUUCCCAAGCAAGUCAAACCCAUCUGUGUUCAUCUGGACUCAAACCUGACUUACUGCUUGCCUUAUAGUGUGACAGCUGCCUCACAGAACCUAUACUGUGCAACCUGCUACCAUCAUUAAAACUGUCCAUGGAAGUUCUUGUCUACAUGCAAGAAAUACAACAAUUUAAUAACAACUAUGAAUAACAACAAAGUGCAUAGCAACCUUAGAGGCACAUGACAAUGCACUACACACACACACACACACACACACACACACACACACACACACACACACACACACACACACACACACACUUUUGAUAUUGUGGUAUCUUAGUAUGUACUGUUAGCAUAUUCUUAUCUUUAAAAAUUUUCCUUCAUAUUGUUGGUAUGUAAGUCAUUAAAGGUUUCCUUUUAAAUAAAAAAUGUAAGUCA